GUUUGCUGGGGAGAGGAGCCGGCGGAGGACAGCAGAGGACGGAGAACAAAGAACAGAGUCGGCUCUAUUCAGAGGACGUUGGCACGGGGACACCAAGUGGUGCCGAGGGACGUGCCCAGCGUGGACAAAACAUGCAAAUCACCUCCGGGAGCGAGCUCUUCCACCAAGAUGAAGACACGGCGACCGGGCGACUCGCGGGCUUCCAGCUCCUCCGCUCUCCUUCCCCUGCUCUGCCUGCUGGCUGCAUACACAGAUCCAUUGGAGUCUGUGAACAUCACCAGCCACGUUAAGCACAUCCACGGCACGUAUGGGCGCUCGGCCCUCCUCUCGGUGCAAUACAGCAGCUCGAGCAGCGACAAACCCGUGGUGAAAUGGCAGGUGAAGCGAGAGAAACCCAUCACCGUGGUGCAGUCAGUGGGCGCAGACAUCAUCGGGAACCUACGAGCGGACUACAGGGACCGGAUACAGGUUUUCGAGAACGGCUCCCUGCUGAUCAGUAACCUCCUUCUGUCCGACGAGGGGACCUACGAGGUGGAGGUCUCCAUCACCGACGAUACGUUUACAGGAGAAAAGACCAUCAACCUCACCGUGGACGUUCCGAUAUCCAAGCCCCGCAUCUCGGUUCCCUCAUCCACCGUCCUGGAGCUCGCAGAGAACUUCACGCUGAGCUGCCUCCACGAUAACGGCACAAAGCCCGUCUACACCUGGAUGAAGGGGGGGAAGACUCUGGCCAAUGACUCCAGGAUACUGCUGUCCCCCGACCACCGAGUGAUGACCAUCUCCAGGGUCACCAUGGCCGACGACGAGGUCUACGUUUGCUUGGUGGAAAACCCCAUCAGCAGCGGACGCAGCGUUCCAUUUAAACUCACCGUCUACCGAAGAAGCUCCUUGUACAUCGUCCUGUCAAUGGGAGGAAUAUUUUUGCUGGUUACCUUGGUAACGGUCUGCGCCUGCUGGAAGCCGUCCCGGAAAGAGAAGCACAAGCUGCAGGCACAAGCGUCCUGUGAAUAUAUGGACCACACGGAGGAUCCUCUAAAACAUGAAGUUGAAGUGGUUCCACGGACCAUGGAGCGGGACUGCGAGAAUCCCGUGUCACUGUAUAUCCUAAAGGACAAGGAAUCCCCCGAAGCUGAAGAGGACUCCCCCACGGAAUCGAGGACGGCCUCUGACACAUCAGGCUCCCCCAGUUACCCCGGCACCGCCCCAUCCAGCAAAUGCUCGGUGCCCCCCGUCCACUGCGCGCACCGCUGCCACCACUCCCCAUCCAGGUCACCCGCAGACAGCACGACGCACGCGCCUCCGCCCAGAUCCGCCGCCCCCCGAAACACGGCGUGCUCGCUGCGAGCAGCGGAGGUGCACAUGAUACAGGAGCAGGAGGAGAAUCCCGUGGUGCAGAGCAACGCCUAAAU